AUGUCCGUGCUUCUACGCCAGGAUCCAAGAAUGCUUGGACCAAUGGCCUGGUAUCAAGAACAUUGUCAAUUACAUUGGACUAAGCUGCCAGACGAAUCAAUAUGCCGAGCCUAUAUUCAGUUCAGUUUGAUGCAAAUGUGUCAUCAACAGGAGGCUAUGAAUGUUCUACUACAAGGAGUAGCUGAGGGCUUUGUCUUAAAAGGCCUGUUGGUGAGUGGCCCAGAAGCUUUUCCGCCUCCCCUGUCUGCUGCCAAAACGAUGUUAAACACACAUCAGCUGAACACACAGGACCAGCUAUUUGAAGAUAUCAUGCCCCUGGAACUCAUUGAUGCUGAAAAUGCAAUAUCUGAUUUGUCCUGUGAGGCUGAGGAGCGCUGCUGUCUUAGAUGGAGAAUUGCAUUUUCCAAAUUCUUCUCUCAAGGAACCCAGGAGCUGGAGGCUCCAGCCAUAACCGCACUGCAGGAGAUGAGAAAAUGGACUCGCAACCCAAGUACCGCCCACAGGUCUAGGAUGGAAUUUGCUAUCUUGCGCUCCGGUCUUGGUCACGAAAUCCUACGGAUCGCCAACCCACAGGUGGGUUUGGAAAACAGGACCCCUUAUAUGUCCCUCAGCUUCCAGCGAUAUCGUUGGAAAGAGAGCCUACUUAGUUGUAUGCUUGGAUGGGUUGAUCGAGUCUUGCCUCCUAGAAUUGAGACCAGCCCGUCUACAAAUGCAAACGCCAAAGAGUUCCUGCAACUCCUGUCCCGGCAUAAUGUGUGCCCAUUUCGGUCCAAUUACUCUUCAGUAUUUGCAUUUUCAUCUGAGAGAUGCUUCCUGGCUGAAGCUGUUCGAUGGAUGUUACCAACUCUGGCUGCAAAGACCCCAUCUACCACAUGGAUACACAAAACCUCAUUGAAUCACCUAUUCCGUUUGAUCUGUGGUUUCUCAAUCAUUGAUCUGGAUGCCCUUCAUUUGGAUGAAGAAUUGCUUUUGGUUCUAAAGUUGUCUACUGAGCUGAGGAGCCUACAACAAGAAUUAUCCAAAGGUUUUCAUACAAAGUUCCACAAUAAUGUGGAUCCGAAUACCCGAGGUUGUUGCAUGUGCUAUGAUCAACCUGAGGAUUCCAGGUGUGUCAGGUAUUGGACGGUUGAGCCUAGUCAUCACUUUGAAAUCCAUGGAAAGGUCGUCACACCCUAUCUGGCCAAUGAUCCAGAUCGACUUCCUCCUGUAGGGAAGCCCCAGCCAGCAAACACUUUGGCCGCAACUGGAAUACUUUUACCUGCAUUUUCCUGGACACCUUCUCCAGUCCAGGAUAAAACAGGAGAUAGGAUCCAUUCACAAACCUACAAUUUCCCCCAGCAUGCAGUGGCAUCAGCAAACGAUCCAGGAAUGAGGGGACUCGAUCUGGCCUCAGGUAUGCUGGGCACACAGGUUCCACUGGAGACGGAGGUAGUGACAUGGGAUGAUGGUCAUAUCACCAUAUUGCCCACUAUAAUGCGAGAUGGACAAAAUGUAUUGAUUGAAGACCUCCACCUCACAAAGAAACUUGCGGCAGUUCCUGCCUCCAAACCAGGGUCCGAAUUUGUGACCCAUCUCAAUGGGGCCAUUACAGAAAAUGAGUUAUUAUUAAUAGAAAUUCGGUCUAGUCUUGCAGCAGGAAAGUGCGUCAUUGUGCACAAGGCAGUGAGGCCCGGGCCCCUAAACCUUACAAUGGAGUAUCUGGAGAAGCGUUAUGGAAUUCAUGCCACUAUGCCUGUGGAUAUACAUGACAUGGAGCUUCGAGCCAAACAUCCUGCUCAACCUCAUGUCCCUGGGGUGAUAAGAGAUUUGAUUUUGGGCAUAAACAAUCAAACUGAGCACAGAUAUGUUCUGGAUUGUCCUAUAGCAGUAGGUCUGCCCCCUGAACUGGUUCCCCUAGAUGAGGGUCAGAUGGCCUGGCACCGGACCACCAAGGAUUGUCCAUGGCCAUGGCCAAGUAUACAUCUCAGUACCCCAUGUGCCUCAGUGUCCCAGGGUGGGGUACUGAUUCCUCCACGCCAUGACUCUAAGGGACAGAAUGCCUAUUUCUUUCCAGUCAUUGGCAUCCAACUCCGGACACUUCUUUUCCCAAAGAUCCCCCAUGAUGGUAAAGGGCCCUUUGAAGCAACAAAAUUCCUCUGCAGCCCUCAUGACCUGGAUAAUUAUGAUGCGGAGACUGUGACUGUAUAUCCUGGAGAUUUGCUGUAA